CGGCACGGCACUGCACUGCACCGGGACCGAACCCAUCGGCAAUCGCUCGCGGUACGACGCCAGGUCGCCUCUCCCUCCCUUCUUCGCGCAACUUCGUUCAGCCAAAACAAGAGAGCCCAGCCAGGAACCGGAACGAACACAGCAAAUCCAAUCCGCCCCGCCCCGCCCCGACCGAUCCCGCAAAACCCUAGCCCCGUCCUCUCCCUCGCCGCCUCUACAGUCUCACCCGCGAGCGCCACCGCCGCCUCGGCGCAGAUCGGGGGAACUCGCGAGCGAGCGAGCGAGCGAGCGCGACAGUUUCGGGGCAAAGAUCGGAUUUUGUAGCGGAGGGAUGGCGGGGGGAGGGAGCAGGCGGGCCGGCGCGGCGGAGCAGCCGAAGAUUGGCAGCGGCAACGUCUUCGCGGCGCUCGAGACGCUCAAGAAGAAGAAGAAGAAGCCGACCUCCACCGCGGACAAGGGAGGCAAGGCGGCGAGGGAGCAGGAGGCGCCGAAGCCGGAGGUGUUCUGGGCGCCCGCGCCGCUCACCGCCAAGUCCUGGGCCGACGUCGAGGACGACGACGACGACGACUACUUCGCCACCACCGCGCCGCCGCCGAGGCCCGUCUGGGGGGACCACCGCGACGCCGGCUCUGCCAAGGACCGCGCCGCCCCCGCCCUGGAAGAGGAGAUUGAGAGUGAAGAUGAUGAGGUUGAUGAUGAUGCUGAGGAUGAACAUGAGCAUGAAACAGAAGAUGCUAUCCCUGCUGAACCAACAGUGAAGCAUGCUGCAGCUCCACCUGCACCGCCCAAAGAUACUGAAAAACAACUUUCCAAGAAGGAGCUAAAGAAAAAGGAACUGGCAGAGCUUGAUGCUGUUUUGGCUGAGUUGGGACUUGGCACAUCUAGCAAUUCCACUCAAGAUGAAUCAAAUGGUAAGAAAGGUGCAGAUCAAGCUGCUGAUGGAGAGAAAAAGGAAGAUGCACCCGCGCUUCCAGAGGGUAAGACCUCAAAGAAGAAGAAAUCUAAGAAAGACAAGUCCUCAAAAGAAGCGAAAGAAACACAGGAUCAGGCUGACGGGUCAGAAGAGGCUGCCAGUGCAGAACCUGAUGAAGAUACAGCUUCAAUGGAUGUCAAGGAGCGUAUAAAGAAGGUAGCUACAAUGAAGAAAAAGAAGUCGAGCAAAGAGAUGGACACAUCAGCAAAGAUCGCCGCAUCUGAGGCUGCAGCAAGGAGUGCCAGGCUUGCCGCAGCAAAGAAGAAAGAGAAGAGCCACUACAACCAGCACCCUGUGCGGUGAAUUGCCCAAGUUUUGGAUGUUUAAAGACUUUGAACUCUGAUAUCCCCUUGUUCGUUUUGGACCGCAAUAACAUUUUGAGAUGCUGUAUUUAUGACUUGGAGGAUGCGACUUUUGAUGCUCAUUUGGGAGUUGUAGACUCGGGCCUUCUUGUUGCUGGAUUCUGGAAGGCGAUGUAAUGAGCUCUGAAUUGUUCGUCAUAGGAACCUUUCUGACUAUAUGGAAAAUGCAGGAUAUUUGGUA